AUGUCGGAGGAGAUGGUAGUCGCCGAUGAAGUCACCGCUCCGCCUCGUAAGGUUCUUAUCAUCUCCGCCGGUGCUAGCCACUCCGUCGCUCUUCUCUCUGGGGACAUUGUUUGUUCAUGGGGUCGAGGAGAGGAUGGACAAUUAGGUCACGGAGAUGCGGAGGAUCGACCUUCUCCAACGCAGCUAAGCGCGUUAGAUAACCACCAAACUGUUUCUGUUACCUGUGGUGCUGAUCAUACCAUUGCUUAUUCUGAAUCACGCAUGGAGGUCUACAGUUGGGGAUGGGGUGAUUUUGGGAGACUAGGUCAUGGGAACUCUAGUGACUUGUUUACUCCGCUGCCAAUCAAAGCAUUGCACGGUAUUCGGAUAAAGCAGAUUGCUUGUGGGGAUAGUCAUUGUUUGGCUGUCACCAUGGAAGGAGAGGUUCAGAGUUGGGGGCGCAACCAGAAUGGUCAGCUUGGUCUGGGGGACACAGAAGAUUCUUUAGUGCCUCAGAAGAUUCAAGCCUUUGAGGGAAUACGAAUCAAAAUGGUUGCUGCUGGUGCAGAACACACUGCUGCGGUCACAGAAGAUGGUGAUCUUUAUGGAUGGGGCUGGGGAAGAUAUGGAAAUUUGGGAUUAGGUGACCGGAAUGACCGCUUGGUUCCUGAAAGAGUUACCUCUGCUGGUGGUGAAAAGAUGUCGAUGGUUGCUUGUGGAUGGCGGCACACAAUAUCAGUUUCCUACUCUGGAGCAUUAUAUACUUAUGGAUGGAGCAAAUAUGGACAACUAGGACAUGGAGACUUGGAGGAUCACCUUGUUCCUCACAAACUGGAAGCGCUGAGCAACAGCGUUAUCUCCCAGAUUUCGGGAGGUUGGAGACAUACAAUGGCAUUGACUUCAGAUGGAAAGCUUUAUGGAUGGGGUUGGAAUAAGUUUGGGCAAGUUGGAGUCGGCAAUAAUUUGGAUCAGUGUUCUCCUGUGCAAGUGCGAUUUCCCGAUGAUCAGAAAGUUAUUCAAGUGUCAUGUGGUUGGAGACAUACCUUAGCCGUGACUGAAAGAAAUAAUGUGUUUGCUUGGGGCAGAGGUACAAAUGGGCAGCUCGGCAUUGGAGAGUCACUUGACAGGAAUUUUCCCAAGAUUAUAGAGGCACUGAGCGUCGAUGGAGCAAGUGGACAACAUAUAGAAUCUUCUAAUAUCGAUCCAUCUUCAGGGAAAAGCUGGGUGUCGCCUUCAGAGAGAUAUGCGGUUGUUCCUGAUGAAACUGGACAAACGGAUGGUUCAAACAAAGGUAAUGGGGGUGAUAUCAGUGUCCCACAAACUGAUGUCAAGCGUGUCCGAGUUUGA